AUGUCCCACAAGUUUUACCUCCCCUGUAUUAUUUACGUUUAUUUCUUCACCCUCAUCUUCAUCCAAGUUCAGCGAGCAAAAUCCGCUUUCCACCGGUUCCGCAACUCAGCUCUGCUUUCCGCCGUUGAGAGCUUGCCACAGCUCCGCAACUUGGGACAUGUGAACCAUGCCAUUACCCUUUCCACCUUUACCCAUAGCACUACUAGAUUGGGAAUUGGUGUUCCAGUUCCAGUUUGCCUGGUUCUGUGGAUUCUUCCAACAAGACGCGGAUUUGUGACCCGGUUUGUUGCAGAUCCAACAGACUGGACGGGUAUCUUGUUUUCCAGAACCUUUAUUAUUUUUGUUCUGCGGCUUUCCUUUGCCGUUCGAAUUGGAGGCAUAGACCUCGGCGGCGAUCUUCUUCUUUGUGUUUGCCUUGAAGCGCUUGAGAGCACUUUUAGACAGAAAGAUCUUACCACCUUCAUUGGCCUUUUCCUCGUCAUCUUCCUCUUCACGAGAACGCUUAUUCGAGGUCUCCUGAACAUUGACCGGGAACGCCUUCCCGAAGGAAUCGUUCUCAACUUUGUAGGUUCCCUCCUCGAUCAACGUCGCAAGACGCUUUUCAAGUCGGUCACCAAUCUGGUCAAAUGUCAGACCAUCUUCUUCCUGCAUGCGUUCGAUCGUUGCCUUGAAGUUCUUGCAGAACAGCUCUGGCAACUUCUGUAG